UUACAGCUACUUGAAAUGAAAUAAAUUCGCGCGUAAAUUAUUGCUUGUAGCGUCGCUGCCUUUCGCUUAAAUGUAAAUAUGUACAGCAACAGCGAGGAGUACGAUAGCGACGAGGAGGAAUUGGCCGCAAGUAGCGCUAGAGGUGGUUUCGCAAGUCGCAGUGACAUCUCUGGUUUUAGUGACAGCGAAGAUGAGGAGGAGGAGGAUGAGCUCGAUCAGCGUGGUCUGUCGCCGCGCACACUGAUGAGUAUAACGGGUGUGCGACCACUGGACAUGAGCGAUGAUUCCAGUGAGAUAGACUACAGCGAUGAGGAGCAGCCUGGAGCCGUAAGUCCAGGCAAUGCCAGUGCGGAUGAAACGUACGACGAGGAUGUGGAACGCGAAGAGGCGGCGGCAGAGCGCUAUCGCCGGGCAACCGAUAAUGACGCCCUCUCGCCGUAUUACUCGACCCAAUUUGUCGAGGAUUCGCUGUUCCCGACACUGUCUCCAAUCGCUGAAAAGCAGCAAAAGCACAGAUCACCCAGAAACGAUUCAUCUGACAGUGAUGUGCUCUUAUUAAGCAAUAAGAAGACCACCAUUGAAAUUCCCAGCAGCUCCGACAACGAUGAUAGCUACAAGGAGAAUGUAUUGGCGCCUCCAACUCGCAAUCGCAAAUCUCGAGACAAUUCGCCACGCAGUGGAGCAACUGCUCCAAGGGUCAAGCCCAGUAAGUUGGUGCAGCCCACCAUUAAAGCUGCAAUCAAGAAGGUAACGCCUACCCAGAGAGUGUCGCCUGAUUUCUAUGAGAAGGAGUCCAAAAAGUUGAGUGACUUACAUGGCGAGCUGAAGGAGGCACUAAAGAUGUACGAGAAGGUGUCUCACAAGCUGCCCGACAAGGGUAUACAGAUCCGGAAGCGUGUCGAAGGAUUGCGGCAGGACAUUGACAUUAAAUCAAAGUAUCUGCAAGGUCUUAAGGUCAAAGAGGAGAUGCCUAAAUUAAAGCUAACCAAGGCAAAGAAAUCUGAACAGGACACGCCCGACUGGGAUCAGCUGUCGGCUGGAGUGAAUCGUAUACAGCCAACGAAUGCAACCGCCAAAGGAAUGGCCACAUUCAAUGCACAGAAGGCACUCACUUUGGAUUCCCUCAAGGAACUGCACGGAUCACUGAAGAGUUGUCCGCGGGCUAAUGUAUUGGCCAAUGAUCCACCUGGGCUAAAGGUAAAGUUAAUGGAUCACCAGAAGCAUGCGCUGGCCUGGAUGACAUGGCGCGAACAGCAGCGUCCAUGCGGUGGCAUCUUAGCCGAUGAUAUGGGUCUUGGCAAGACUCUAACCAUGAUAGCCCUUGUGCUCGCUUGUAAGACUCGCCAGGGAAGCGGUGCUGGCGCCAAUUCCACCAGCAGCGACGAGGAAGACGAAGACAGGGCCAAGAAUCGCAAAAGCAACGGGGGCUGGAAAUCAAAGGGUCGCAAGGCGGCUUACAAUGGUGGCACAUUGGUGGUUUGUCCCGCAAGUUUGCUGCGUCAGUGGGAGGGUGAGGUCAGCUCAAAGAUGUCGCGUCCACGGCUCACUGUAUGCGUCCAUCAUGGCACUAAUCGAGAGACAAUGGCUAAGCAAUUGUCCACAUACGACAUGGUCGUCACCACCUACAAUCUAGUGGCACGAGAUGUUCCGAGUAAGGGCGCACUGUAUGGUGUCAAAUGGCGGCGCAUCAUUCUGGAUGAGGCUCAUGUUGUGCGCAACCACAUGGCGCAGUCAUCGCAAGCUGUCAGUGAGUUGCGGGGCAAGUUCCGUUGGGCACUCACUGGAACUCCCAUUCAGAAUAAGGAACUUGAUGUUUAUGCACUAUUGAAGUUUCUGCGCUGUUCGCCUUUCGAUGAUUUGGCUACAUGGAAGACGUGGAUUGACAACAAGAGCAGCGAUGGACAGGAACGUCUCAAUCUGCUGAUGAAAUCAUUAAUGCUACGACGCACCAAGGCGCAACUCCAAUUGGAUGGCAAACUAAACAAUUUGCCCAAAAAAGAGAUUCGAUUAAUGGAAAUGAGUCUUGAUACCGAUGAGAUGAAUGUAUAUCAAAGGGUUAUGACCUACUCUCGCACAUUAUUCGCCCAGUUUCUGUUCCAACGUGCUGAAAAGGAUUCCGAUUCGAACUUUAUUAAAGAUUCACGCAAGCCGACAUACAAUCAGAUUAAGGAUCCUAAUGGUGCCUAUUUCAAGAUGCACGAGAAAUUCGCGCGCAUGGCUGGACAAAGUAAGGAAGUCAAAUCACACGAAAUAUUGGUCCUUUUAUUGAGACUCCGUCAAAUAUGCUGUCAUCCUGGACUUAUAGAUGCUAUGCUGGAGGACGAUGCUGGUAAAAUGGAUCAUGGUGGUAGGAAUAGCUAUACACCGGAAAUUGAUCUGUUGGCGCAGCUUAAAAAGAUGGAUAUCAACAACAAUGGCGGCUCCUCACGCCGCUCGUCCGCCGGAGCUGAUGAGGCACGUCUGGCCAAGGCAUCACAGAAUGUAUUGAAGCGCAGCAACCCUGUAUUCAAUCUGAAACGUCCAUCUUCAAAGAUGCAUAAGGUUAUGGAUAUUUUAAAGACAUCCGUGCUUAAAACGAAGGAUAAGGCAAUCGUUGUUUCCCAAUGGACAUCGGUGCUUGAUAUUAUGCGGGACAUAUUGCAAAGGGAGAAACUAGUUACAUUGUCACUAAAUGGCUCCAUACCCGUCAAGGAUCGUCAGAGUAUUGUCAAUGAGUUUAACGAUCCGCGCAAUCCAAAGCGCAUUCUGUUGCUAUCCCUGACAGCUGGUGGUGUUGGACUUAAUUUGAUUGGUGCCAAUCAUUUGAUACUGUUGGACCUACACUGGAAUCCACAGUUAGAGGCCCAGGCCCAAGAUCGUAUUUACCGCGUUGGCCAAAAAAAAGAUGUGAUCAUUUAUAAGCUGGUGUGUGUAGACACCGUCGAGCAGCAGAUAAAGGCUUUACAAGAUCGCAAACUGGAACUCGCUGAUGGUGUACUAACGGGCAAAGUUAGCUCCAAGCUUUCCAUUGAUGACCUUAAAGGUCUCUUUGGAAUGUGAAGCCACAUAUGUUUAGUUAUUUAUUUACUAGUUUUAAUUCAAUUGCUGUGAACUGAGUUUUUAAGUGUUUUUUUAAUUCUUAUUUUAAUUUUGAGUUAAUUUGCCAAAUUUAAUCUUACUUAAGUGGAGUUUUAUACAUAUAAAAUAAGAAUCUUUUGUUAAUUAAAUUAAACACUAAAAUUUGAUUAG